AUGGCGGAAAUCGACCCGAACGAAGAAAAAUAUUACCUUGAAACUGAAGUUUUAAGUGACACUUUGGAUGACGAUUAUGAAUAUGAAAUUGUCUCUGGGGAUGAAGAUGUUGUCUCGGCAGAUUUGACUGAGGACUUGGACUGUGCGGUCCGUUGCUUACAAGAAGUUGAAAGUCGGGAAAAAUCAGAAUUAGAAUCCAAAGAAGAAAGUCCAAAGCCAUCAGUGAGUGAGAUACCAGAGCCAGUCGAGGAUUUUAUUGGAAACUUUUUGGUGCGGAUGGGAAUGAAAAAGUCACUGAAUCACUUUCUGACAGAAUGGUAUGAAUUGGAAGAAAAAGGUCUUGUAGAAAAAGGAAAGGUAGGCAUGGUGCCAGAUGUCUACAGAAAAAUAAUUGAACUUGAAGAUCAGUUGAAGAUUGCCGAGAAGGAAUCCCUCAAGUAUAAAAAUGCAGCCUUCAAAGCAAAGGACACAUAUGUGAAGCUGCGUAAACAACGUGACUUCCACCGAAUGAAUCAUCGUCGAGUGAUCCAAGAAAAAAACAAAUUAAUUACAGAUAUUAAAAGACUGAGAUCUCAUUACAGCCAAUAUGAACCGACUCUGCAUCAAUUUCGUAUAAAGUAUGAAAUAGCCAUGAAACAGAAAAUGCUGACCAAAAUUGAAUUGGAACGCUCACAGGAACAUUGUACAGGGCUUAUCAACAUGAUAAAGAAUUUAGAUUUGGCAAAUGAUAAUGCAACAGGAAGCCAAGAUAUGAUCCAGACAAAUAGGAUUUGUGGAAAAGGGAGAGUCAAACUUGACAGUGAAGGACUUGGGCCAACCCAAAGGGCUCUGGCUUCAGAAAGAGAGAAAGUCAAAAAAUCACCUUCUACAGUUUCUACAAAGUCCAAGAGAGACUCCAAAUUUCCAUUUGACACAAGAGAAAAUCCAUAUCUUCCUCCAACUAAGGGCCUGCCAAGCCAUACAAUCCGGACUGGAGGCUUUAAGCUGACAAAGACAAUCCUAGUGCACAAAUGUCCUGUCAGCAGCUUAUGCCUUCAUCCAAAGAAGCAAAUCAUGGCAACUACAAGUGAUGACAUGAGCUGGAAACUGUGGUCAGUGCCAGCAGGUGACCUCAUUGGUUUGUGUGGACAGACUUUCUACGGCCAUGAACAUAGUGUCAAUAAUGCAAGAAUUAACAAUAAGGGUGAUACUGUGGCCUCUUGUGAUGCUCUGGGUACAGUCAAAAUAUGGGACACCCGAAAAGUGGCCACCAUGUUCAGCUUUGAAGUGGGGAAUUUUUCUGUAAAUAAAGUGUCUUUUGACCCCACAAGUUCAGUACUUGCAAUGGCCUGCGAUGAUCACACUGUGAAAAUAUACGAUAUUGCAAAUGGACAGUUGAGUUCUCUUAUUGGCCAUGAAGAUGCUGUCCAAUGCAUGGCUUUCGACCACCAUGGACAAUUCUUGAUAUCUGGUGGAAGUGACAACACAAUGCGUAUAUGGAGUUAA